UAUAAGUAAAUUCAUACAAAAUAACACAUACCGAUCUAUAGCACAUAUCAUUGUAUCCAAAGUACAUAUUUGCUUAAUAUGUUAACUGAAGACAAUAAUGGAUUAGAUAGGUUAUCUUUAGAAAAUAAACAUAGAAAGGAAAAAAAGGAACUUCAAGCUCAAAUUCAGGCUUUAAAAAAAGCAGCUAAAAAUGACAAAACAAAGAAAAAGGAAUUAACAGCAGAAAUAGCCCGUUUGGAGACUGAACAAGAUAUUCGUCAUAAGCAUGAAAUUGAAAACUUUAGAAGUGGACAGAGUAUUUCUAGUGAUAUUUCAGAACAAAUUGAAGAGAAUAACGAAAAGGAUAUUAGCAAAAACAAAAUAUCAAAAGCUCAAAAGCGUAGAGAUAAGAAAAUACAACAGGAAAGAGAGAGAGAGGAACAAAUAAAACAACAAGAGAAAGAAAACCUGCAUGGCCCUAGAAAUACAGAAAUUCAGGCAAUAACGGCGAAAUUGAAAAAGAGAAAUCUUAAAAUUUUUCCUAUACCAUCUGAUGGGGACUGUUUAUAUAAAGCUGUGGCUCAUCAAUUGACAAUAAAGAAGCAAUGUUCCAUUUCUGUUGAUGAAUUGAGAAGAAAGGUUUCUACUUACAUCAGUAAUAAUAAAGAUGAUUUUCUACCAUUCAUGAGUAACCCUGAGACCUGUGAAAUGCUUACUAAUGAAGAAUUAAAUGAGUAUUGUGAUAAAAUAUUGAAUACUAAGACAUGGGGUGGACAGUUAGAAAUAAGAGCUUUAUCCAGCUCAUUAAAAUGUCCCAUUAGUGUAAUACAAGCUACAGGUCCUGAUAGUAUUGAGCAAGGAACUGAAUUUGGUGAUGAUCCAUUAAUAAUUGCUUACCAUAGACAUAUGUAUAGUUUAGGAGAACAUUACAAUUCAACUUGUGUUGAUGAUGAUUCAGAUGUUGAAGAUAGAAGUAAUUAA